CUCACUAGGUGCAUUAAUAUUUCAUUAUUAUUUAAUAAUUCUUUACCUUUAAAUCUAUGAUAGCAUUUGCUGGUUGGCCAUGAUGUACGAGAACGACACCCUGGGCGAGAGAUGCCUGAGCACCUUCAGAAUGCAAUACGAUGACGAAGAGGAUUACCAUUCCAUUUACAUUGGGCUACCAAUGCCCCAUAGCAACCAGAAAAAAAGACGCAAAAGGAGAUCUUCCUUCAGCCAAGAUAAAAAUGGUCAACGCAAAAGGCCCUACGAACAGCAGAUCCAAUCGGACACAGAAGAAGGAAGGCGGACAGGUGAUGAGAGUGGAAAUGACCACGCCAGCAGGACCAUGUCACCUGCUGCUGAGCGCCUCCGAUAUAUCCUGGGUGAAGAUGAUGAGCCCCCCAACCCAACACUAUUCACUGAGAUGGACACUCUCCAACAUGAUGGAGAAGAAAUGGAAUGGAAGGAGGCAGCCAGAUGGAUUAAGUUUGAAGAGAAGGUGGAAGAAGGAGGGGAGCGAUGGAGUAAACCUCAUGUAUCAACUCUGACUUUGCAUAGCUUGUUUGAACUGCGCACUUGCCUACAGAUGGGAACCAUCCUGUUAGAUCUUGAUGGCUACUUCCUGCCACAAAUCAUAGAUAAUGUCAUUGAAAAACAAAUAGAAGAUGGCCUUCUAAAGCCAGAGCUGCGAGAUAAAAUAAGCUAUGUGCUGCUGAGAAAGCACCGACAUCAGAUGAAGAAAUCCAUUCACCGAUCCUUGGCAGAUAUUGGCAAAUCUGUCUCAAGCAUAAAUCGUAGCCCUGUCCAGAGUCCAGCUACAGGAGCUGGCUUUUAUCGUUCUUCUGAAGACCUCAGAAUAAGACAAAACUCAACUUAUGGAAGAUUACGCCAUACACAAAGCCGAAGCAUGAAUGACAUCACGGACACUCCAAGCACUGCCCAGCUUAGAAACAAAUUCAUGAAGAAGAUCCCCAAAAAUGCCGAAGCCUCAAAUGUCCUGGUAGGAGAAGUGGAUUUCCUGGACAAGCCUUUUGUAGCCUUUGUCCGGCUUAUACAGUCUACCAUAUUGGGUGGGAUGACAGAAGUGCCUAUUCCGACCAGAUUCCUGUUUAUACUCCUGGGUCCUUCUGGAAAAGCAAAAUCCUACAAUGAAAUUGGCCGAGCCAUUGCUACCCUUCUGGUAGAUGAC